UCCCUGUUAGCCGUUAGCCGUUAGCCGUUUAGCUCCGUAGCCGGACGACAGGAGGAGUAUCCGGGCAAACGGAGGAGAAAAACACGGAGAAGAGGAGGAAAUGAGCCCGGCGGAGGACGGUAGAGGACCGCGGUGACCGGACAGCGAGUCUGCCGCUGAAAUAACCCGCUUCAUGAGCACCAUGCAAUCAUUCCUCGCUUGCCCCCGUCAUUAGAGAGAGAGAGUGUGUGUGUGUGUGUGUGUGUGUGUGUGAGAGAGGGAGAGAGAGAGAGAGAGAUCCAGGAUGGGGUUUGGUCGGGAUCUGAGGAAUUCUCAUGAGGGAUUACUGAAGCUUCAGGACUGGGAGUUAAAGCUGCUGGAGACGGUGAAACGCUUCAUGACACUGCGAGUGAAGAGCGAUAAGGAGUACGCCGCCCUGCUGCUCAGCAUGACUCAGCAAACAGAGAAACAGGAAGCUGCUGAUUACGUCAGCACUGUGAGCAAGUCUUGGUCUCAGGUGAUCCGCCAGACGGAGGCGUUGGGUCGCGUCAUGAGGAGUCACGCUGAUGAUCUGAACUCAGGUCCUCUGCACCGCCUGGCGACGCUGAUCCGAGACAAGCAGCAGGUGAAGAAGAGCUACCAGGGUCUUCAUCAGCAGCUGGAGAGCCACAACCACAAGGUCUGCUGGGAAAUACACAGAUACACCGUACACAAGGUAACCAGGAGUGACCUGGACAAACUGAAGGCGACGUAUCGUCAGCUGAGCCGUGAUGCUAACAACGCCAAAGAGAAAUACAGAGAGGCUCUGGCUAAAGGCCGGGAGGCGGAGCGUGCCCGGGAGCGUUAUGACAAAGCAACAGCAAAGCUUCACAACCUUCACAACCAGUACGUGUUGGCGGUGUGCGGCGCUCGAACGCAGCAGGACGAACACCGACGUCGCGCUGCACCCGCACUGCUCGACGCUCUGCAGAGGAUGCAGGAGGACAUGACACUCGCCCUUAAAAGUAUUCUGGAGGAGUACUGUGAGAUCAGCAGUCUGUUGACGGAAGAGAUCGUGAAGGUUCAUCAGGAGAUCUCUGCGGCUGUGGAGCAGAUUGACCCACUGGCAGAGUACCAACACUUCAUCGACGCCUACAGGUCUCCAGAGACCCCUGAGGCAGGCGUAGAGUUCGAUGCGUCUUUGUUGGAAGAGACGGACAACCUGCCAGCCAAUGAGAUCCUCUGGAACACGCUGACGGCUGAAAGCCUGCAGGCCAUGUUGUCGUCGGCAACUGAAGAGCUAGCGCUGACUCAGCAGAAUCUACAGACAAAGGAGGCGUUGGCAGACGACCUCGACGCCAAAAUCCAGACGAGUCAGCAGAGCGCGGAGAGGAAGAGCGACUGCGUCUUGCUGCUCAGUCAGAAACUCUCUCUCCUCGAGCUUCAUCACGCCGUCCAAUCGCUGCGCGGCUCCGAGGCCCGCCUCGCCUCCCAGAAGGCCCUGCUGGAUGCCAAGAUGGCUGCUGCCGCUGCCUCCCCACCCCCGCCGCCGCCUCCCCCCGCGCUGCCAUACGAGGAUGACGCCCGCUCUGUUGGAUCCACCGAUAAGACGAAGGAGAAGAGCUCUCGCUUCGACACUCUGCGUCACUCUCUGGCCGGGAUGAUCCGCUCUCCUAAAGCCAUGCUGGGGUCCUCCACCUCGCAGUUCUUUGAUGUGAUCCCAACGUCAGAGCGCCCCCUGGCGGAUCAGGAGUGGUAUCACGGCGCCAUCCCCCGCACCGAGGCUCAGGAGUUACUACGGCAACAGGGAGACUUCCUAGUGAGGGAGAGUCACGGUAAACCAGGCGAGUACGUCCUGUCGGUGUUUUCUGACGAGCAGAGACGACAUUUCAUCAUCCAGUACGCCGAUAGUCAGUACCGUUUUGAAGGCACCGGUUUCUCCACCAUCCCUCAGCUCAUCGAGCAUCAUUUCUCCAGCAAACAGGUCAUCACCAAGAAGUCUGGAGUCGUGCUGCUCAACCCCGUCGUCAAGGAUAAGAAGUGGAUCCUGAACCAUGAGGACGUGGUGCUUGGGGAGCUGCUAGGAAAGGGUAACUUUGGAGAGGUGUUUAAAGGGACGCUGCAGCGAGACAAAACGCCAGUCGCCGUCAAAACAUGUAAAGAAGAUUUACCUCCAGAGCUGAAGAUCAGGUUCCUGUCUGAGGCCAGGAUCCUGAAGCAGUACGACCAUCCGAACAUCGUGAAGCUGAUUGGUGUUUGUACGCAGCGACAGCCGAUCUACAUCGUCAUGGAGCUGGUUCCUGGUGGAGACUUCCUGUCCUUUCUGAGGAAGAAGAAGGACGAAUUAAAGACAAAGCAGCUUGUUCGAUUCUCUGUGGACGCUGCCGCCGGCAUGGCGUACCUGGAGAGUAAGAACUGUAUCCACAGGGACCUGGCAGCCAGGAACUGUCUGGUGGGAGAGGGCAGUGUGUUAAAGAUCAGUGACUUUGGGAUGAGCCGCCAGGAGGACGACGGCAUUUAUUCUUCAUCUGGACUCAAACAGAUCCCCAUCAAAUGGACGGCUCCAGAGGCCCUGAACUACGGUCGUUACAGCUCAGAGAGUGAUGUGUGGAGUUAUGGGAUAUUGCUGUGGGAGACCUUCAGUCUGGGGGUGUGUCCUUAUCCUGGGAUGACCAAUCAGCAGGCCCGAGAGCAGGUGGAGAAAGGUUACAGGAUGGCAUGCCCUCAGCGUUGCCCUGACGACGUGUACAAAGUGAUGCAGCGCUGUUGGCAGUACAACCCCGAAGACCGGCCCAAGUUCUCAGAGCUGCAGCGAGACCUCGCCGCCAUCAAGAAGAAGUGAUGACAUCAUCAUACGCCUCGCCGCCAUCAAGAAGAAGUGAUGACAUCAUCAUACGCCUCGCCGCCAUCAAGAAGAAGUGAUGACAUCAUCAUACGCCUCGCCAUCAUCAGAGACAAAAGAAGAAAAUGUUCAGUCGCGUCCUCAGCAGCACGCCAUCAGCCAAGAACAAUUACCUUUUCAUGUUUGUUUGGAGGUGGGCGUGGUCGGAGGUGGGCGUGGUCGGAGGUGGGCGUGGUCUCUCCCGUUGAUAUUUUGGUAAAAACACAAAAAAACGACCAAAAACAACAGUUGAGCUGCUUGAAACCAAAGUUUCCAUCACCUCCGCAGAGUUUCUGAAACGUGGAGAUGAUGCAACGAUGAUGUAACGAUGAUGCAACGAUGAUGUAACGAUGAUGCAACGAUGAUGUAACGACGUCAGUACACACUGAGCAUGUCUGUUAGCUUAACGAAACACUACAAAGUGAUCCUUUAACUUAAAAUGCUAAAAAUAGAAAGUGCACUUUCCUGAAGUUGAUGCUAAUCUGUUGGUGCUGCACACAGUUAGCAGUUAGCAUUUAGCAGUUAGCUGAUGUUUGAACUACAGUCGGGUGAAGAGGUUAGCAUGGGUGUAGCUAGCUAUUUUAGCCUCUGAAGACACGAAACGUCAGACUGAUGACAAUCUCCACAACACUGAACACUGUCGGUCAAACAGGAAGUUACACGUGCAGAAGUUAAGCUAACGGAGCUAACAGCUUAGCAUGACUGUAGCGAGGGUUCUUGCUCACUAAUAGAAACACGUUCACAGUUAUUGAUGAGUUAUUGAUGAGAGCUUCAUCAUCAGAACGGCUAGCACUAAACAUGCUAACAGAUUAGCUCACCUGGUGGUAGCAAUAACAAACAAACUGACCUCAGAUCAGACAAACACUGUUAGAGGCCACACACACACACACACACACACACACUUACACACUUGUCGCUGCUGUAACCAUGGCAACAGCCUCCACUGCUGAGGAUCAAUCAGCUGUUAACACUAACAUCAAUGUUUAUUGUUUUUAUCUUUUUAUUUAUUAUGUUUUUAUUUUCUCAGAUUUUAAAACUGACUCUUAUUCUGAAAAAACAGCUGUCAAUCAUCACACAGACCACGCCCACCCCGAUCUUUGUUUGGUUUUUUUGAGGAAAUGUUUUUGACCAAUCAGUGAUCUCAAAUUUUUUGUUGUCAGAUGAAAACAAACAAAAAUCUUCUGCUUUAAAAACGUAUUGUUAUUGUUUUUAUUAAAUGGUCCAAAACAAUUCCUUAAAAAAAACAAAUGACAUCAUCAGCACUUACUGCGUGUAUUUCCUGGUUGUCAUGGUAAUGACGGACCACUUUAAUAUAAAUAUGUAAACUACAAAUUAUAAAAACAUGUAUGUGUAAAUGAAUCGGGAGUCCUGAUUGGUCAGCAUCACUUCCUGGACCAUGUGAGGGCGGAGCCUUAAUGUUUUUGUGAUAUCAGAGCGCCGCCUACUGUCACUGUAAAUACAGUUUUUACAGUUCCAAUUUCAUGUUUUUGAACACUAAUCGUCUUUUAUAUUUGUUUAAACUCUAUAAAAAUAUUAUCGUAGCAUUUAUUAUGAAAAUAAAACAAAUCAUACCAA